CCCGGCACCGCCGGGGCCCCACGGCUGGCAGCGACCUCUGUCCCCGAGCGGGGCUGGCCGCGGGUGCCCACGGCAUCACGUGGAGCCGAACCAGCCAGAGGCCUCCGGGAGCCGAGCCGGGAGCAGCCGCGGCGGCGGAGGGUCACGGGGGGGGGUGCCGGGACCAUCCCCCCUCCCCAAAAAAACCUCCCACCAUGUGGCUGGGGGCCCGCCUGGACGCGCUGCCCACCCCGGCGCUCGCCGUCGACCGUGCCGUGGCGCGCCGCAACGCCGAGCGCAUGCAGGAGCGCUGCCGAGCCCUCGGCCUCCGCCUGCGCCCCCACGUCAAGACCCACAAAACGCUGGAGGGCGGCGCGCUGGCCACGGGCGGCACGCGGCGCGGCAUCGCCGUCUCCACGCUGGCCGAGGCGCGUUUUUUCGCCGACGGGGGCUUCGAUGACAUCCUCCUGGCGUACCCGCUGCCAACGGGGCGCCUGGAGGAGUGCGCCCAGCUGGCCCAGCGCCUCGAAGCCUUCCAGGUGCUCUUGGACAGCCCCGAGGCGCUGCAGUGCCUGCGGCAGCGCCCGCUGGCCGGCGGCAAGCGCUGGCUCGUUUGGCUCAAGCUCGAUUGCGGCAACGGCAGAGCCGGCGUGCGCCCCACGGACCCCGGUGCCCUCCCUCUGGCCCGGGCCAUCGCGGAGGAGGCUCCGGGGGAGGUGACGUUGGUUGGGGUCUACGCUCACUGCGGGAACACCUACGGCUGCAGCGGCGUGCCCGCCAUCCAGGCCAUCGCCAGGGCCACCACCGCCGCCGUCCUCAACUUCGUGGCCGCGCUGCGCCAGGCCGGCGUGCCGUGCCCCCAAGCCAGCAUCGGCUCCACUCCAUCCUGCAGCCACCCGGUGCCCGAAAUGUCCGAGCUCACCGAGGUGCACCCGGGCAACUACAUCUUCUACGACCUCCAGCAGACGCUGCUGGGUUCGUGCCAACCCCAAGACGUGGCCAUCCGCGUCCUCACCCGGGUGAUCGGGCACUACCCGCACCGCAACCAGCUGCUGCUGGACUGCGGCUGGGCGGCGCUUUCCCUGCACGGGGGGGCGCAGACCCCCGCCGGCUGCGCCACCGUCGAGGGACACCCCCAGCUCCGGUUGGCGGGGUUGACGCAGGAGCACGGGUUGCUGGAGCCCGUCGGGGGGCGGAUGGAUUUCGGGAGGUUCCCGGUGGGCACCGUGCUGGCCCUCGUCCCUUUCCACGCCUGCGCCACAGCUGCCAUGCACCCGGUGUACUACGCGCACGAGGAGGGCGAGGUGGUGGCCCUAUGGCACCCGGUGCGCGGCUGGUAGGGGGCGUCCCGGUGCCGGGGUCCUGAACCGUGCGGGGUUCCUGCGCCCACCCC